UGCCAACAUUAUCUUACACUCAAACGUUUGUUCUUUACAGGUUAACAUUGGAUUUCCUGUGCUGUGAGCCAUGGCCAAGUCAUUGAAUAUCCCUCUAGAGGAAGAGAUGGUGAGCAUCCUAGGCCAAUGUGGAUCAGCUCUGACUAACGUCCUGCAAAGCAAGUUUGGAUGCACUACUGUGCUCCAUGGUGUAGAUGCCCACUAUGCAGGGCAGUCGAGGAAGCCCUCUAUCUUUCCUGAGGAAAGGUUUUCUAUACAUCUAUCCAAGAGCUUCAAGGUGUCUGUGUGGAAGGAUGACCUUACCACUCACCGCGUUGAUGCUGUGGUCAAUGCUGCCAACAACGGUCUAAAGCAUUAUGGAGGUCUCGCAAAAGCGCUUAGCGAUGCUGGUGGCCCAGCUAUCCAGCAAGAUAGUGACCAGUACAUUUUCAGUAAAGGAAUGUUGUCAACGGGAGAUGCUAUCAUCACCCCACCUGGAUACCUUCCAUGCAGGAAGAUCAUUCAUGCUGUGGGUCCAAACCUUCCAUACAACCCCAGAAAAUAUGACGUUGAUGUUGCCACACCACAACUCCAAAGGGCUGUUAUAAGUAUUCUGAAAGUGGUCAAGCAAGAUAAUCUGCAGUCAGUUGCCAUUCCUGCCAUAAGUUCUGGCCUGUUCAACUAUCCCUUGCCUCUCUGUGCAGAUGUCAUUGUUAAAACCCUGAAAGAGUACCAUGAUCCGAAUUACUCCGGAGCUCCACUAGAGGUUCGUCUGGUUAAUCAUGAUGAGCCAUCGGUCAGGGAGAUGGAGAGAGCGUGCCGUCAAAUACUGGGGUCCUCUGGUUCACACAGUCAACAAGUGGUGGCUCAGGGGCAGUCACCUAAGGCGUCAUACAGUCCAGCUGCAAGCAGCCACGGGAAAGGCUCCACCAAACCCUUUUCAACACAUACGGUUCAGCUUGGGAAUGUCAGUCUGACCAUCAAAAAAGGAUACAUCGAGAGAGAGAAGGUAAAAUAAUAGAGCAUAGGAAUGAUACAUGAGCAUAAUAAUGCGGUAAAUUAUAUUGAUUGUGGAAUUUGUAAAUAUUUGGCAUUGUUUCAGCAAGAAAUCUCUUUAAAUAUCUGAAAAACAAAACUGUGAUGAAUUGAUAUUCUUUCUUGCUCAUCUUUUAUUGACAGACUCUCGGUAUUGUGAACACAAUUUCUACUGACCUGAAUUUGUCAACCGGGGUAAUAUCCAAUGCAAUCCUGAAAGCAGCUGGCCAAGGCAUCCAGAAAGAGAUCUGGAAUUACUUCAAAAACAACCCCAAAUCUGGUGAUGUUAUUGAAACCCAGGGACACAAACUACUAUGCAAAAAUGUGUACCACACUAUAUGCCCUCACAAAAGUAAAGUGUCUGAAAAGGUAAAUGCAAAUAAGUCUCUAUAAGACUUAGUAAGGGAACCAACUACACUGCAAUGGACUGUUAUGAGAUCAAAUAUGAAAUUGUUAGCCUACCUCGUUGUUCCUAGCAAUACGUUAAGAAUAGUAUAUCUCUAACUAUAUUUGCUAUAUCCAGUCCAUACGUGUAACAUGGAAUAAGCAAGGAAUUUGUAAGCUUUCUGUAUUCCUCUUCUAACAGAGUCUUGGUGACAUCGUCUCUAAGUGUCUGAGCAUGGCACAAAAAAGGCAGCUGUCUUCAAUCUCCUUCCCAGCCAUUGGUACUGGUGUGCUGGGCUUCAGCAAGCAGGAGGUUGCAAAGAUCAUGAUGGACACAGCCGUGACAUUUGCCCAGCACAACAAUGGAAUGAAGAUGGAUAUUUAUUAUGUGAUCUUUCCAUCUGACGCUGAGACAUUUAAGGUAUGUGUACAAUAAAAGUAUUAUCAGUCACUUUCAUACAUUUACAUUUACGUCAUUUAGCAGACGCUCUUAUCCAGAGCGACUUACAGUUAGUGCAUACAUUAUUCUUUAUUUUAUUUUCAUACUGGCCCCCCGUGGGAAUCGAACCCACAACCCUGGCGUUGCAAACGCCAUGCUCUACCAACUGAGCUACCUCCCUGCCGGCCAUUACCUCCCCUACCCUGGACGACGCUGGGCCAAUUGUGCGCCGCCCCAUUGGUCUCCCGGUUGCGGCCGGCUACAGCAGAGCCUGGAUUCGAACCAGGAUCUCUAGUGGCACAGCUAGCACUGCGAUGCAGUGGCCUGGUCCCACAGGUCUUUGACAAUUUCACUCUUUUAAUUAGGCUACUUAGCAGUCUUUAAACUGAAGAGUUUGGGAAUAUGGUGUAUUUCCAAAUCAAGACUUAAUUCUUUACUGUCUUGCUCUGACACACCAGAACUGAUAUAGCAUAGUUACCAGUAGGAUUGUGCAUAUAUCGUCAUAUUCGUAAUCGUAUCAGUUAUAUCACACUUGAUACUCGUAAUCGGAUUUACUUGUGAUCGGAGAACCCGGAAGUGUGCUUUAAAUGUCGGUAAAGCCUAUACCUCAAGUGCGCAUGACUGCGCUAUCACUGAGUGCAUCUCAAUGCGUAUCGUUAUGUUCCUUCACUCAUUCACACACAUUGUUAAACGACCCCGACAGAUGAAAAUGCACAUUAUUUAUUUACUUAGUCCUAUUCAAUUAUCAACGGAAUAAGCAAAUAAAUAGCGUAAUGCAUGGCUGGCUACUACUGUCUGCAUUUAUUCCAGACACAGAUUUAGAUGAAGUUAGGCUAAUUCAGUUGCCCCAUAUUGUUUCACUUCCGAGAGGAGCAAAGCUUUUCUCUCCCGACACUUAUGCCACAACAUUUGUACAAUCAAAAUAAACAAUCUACAUUUGUCAUUAUAUUUUCUAAUGAUCGCUCGAUAAACAUGCCUGGGCGAGGAUAAAUAAUAUUAGCAAGAAAGCAUGGGCAUGGAUCACAACAUAAUGACAGACGUCGUCAGCAAUGGAAUAAUUAUACAGACAGACAAAGUAAACCUACUUAACAACGCCAAGUACACAGACAAAAACAACCAUAUGACCUCAGCAAAGUCGACAGGAAAUAACUACGUUGAACAACAAUGACUAGCUACGGAUUCAUACAUGAUGUUUGGAGAAGGGGAGACUUGUGACCGUGAGUGAGUGAAACAGCUGUGCAUGUGUCUGGGGAAAGGAGAGCAGAGGGAAAGCAGCUAGUUCUAAUCGAAUCUUUGCAGCUGACUCAACCGAUACCCCGCCAGUUUCUUUACAGACAGAAGAACUAGCCAAUAGUUGUUUAGAGCACACAGCACUUCACACUGUUUGUUUGAGUGAAAGAGAGCUGCGUGCUGGCAGCUGAAAAUAUCCGGUCACGGAUCAUUACAAAAAAUAUUUUUUAUAAUCGUAUUUGGAAAAUUCUCCAUAUCCGUUACGAUACUUGUUUUGUCCGAGUACUCGGCACACCCCUAGUUACCAGUGCUCACAUAUUUCUUCUCUUUUCCACAGGCUUUUGAAGAUCAACUGAAAUCUCUUCAAGGCGCAACACAACAUUCUAGCUCCUCCUCUAAAGGUGAGUUCCCAAUCAAAAGAAGUAGACUAAGUGGUAUGUUAAUAUAAUUUGUGUCUCAACAGAACACAUACAACAUAUUUCUUCCAACUUUUGAACUAACGUAUGCUUUCAUGUCUGUGAAUCGGCAAGGAUUUGGGCACACAACUGAUCAGUAUGAGUCCAGAGCUACAAAUGAACACCGAUAUCCAAGGGGAGGUGCAUCACCGUAUAUCGAGCUCAACAGUGCCCACAGUGAUAAAUCGAUGGAGGCCAAAUCUUGGCUCACUCAUGCUUUCAAGCCCUCUGAGAACUUCACCAUUUUCAACAGUUUCAUACUGCACUUUGGUCAGAGGGAAUUUGACGAGCUGCUUUCCCUUCAAACCAAGUGGAAUGUUUCCAUUGAGGAGUUCUUUAAAGAUGGUCGUACUGGUGUGAACAUCCAGGGGGCUUCUAGAGGUGUCAGAGCUUCUGUGAUAGAGUUGGAAGCCAUUUGCUGCAAAGUCCAAGAAGAUUUUGCAAAUAAAGAGGAGCUUGACAUGGGCCUGAAAUCGUCCAACAAUUUCUCAAGGAAGCCUGUAGAGAAGAACAGCUCAGAUGAUUUUUCCGGGCUUGAAAUUGUCAGGGUGAGUGUUAACAAAAUAAACUACAGAUUUAACAUUAAAGGUGCAAUCUGUUAUAUUUACUGCAUGAUAAUUGAUCAAAUAUGGUUGAAUCUUUUGUUACAGGUUGAGAAGGUGGAGAAUAGCACUCUGAAGCAUCUCUUUGAGCUAAAGAAGAGACAGUUGCAGUCUGCCUCUUCACAACGAAUGUACCAGCGCCUGCCAGCGCAAUACUGUGACCUGGUCAGCCGAGUGGGCUUCCAGAGGGAGUUUGCACCACCUUACGGUAAGAGAGAAGCCACCUAUUUAAAUGGAAUGACAUUUUAUAGACUUUCACAAGGCUUUUUGAGGCACAUACCUAGUUUGCAGCUAAAACAUAACUCAACCUACCUCAUCACACGUUUUUGUUAAUGUGUUUCUUUCAUCCAUAGAGCAAAGGUAUGGAGAGGGUAUCUACUUCAGUAGCAGCGUGCAUGGGGCAGAGAAGUUGUGGAGGGGCUUGGCUGAUGAAGAGUACCUGUACUUCAUUGAGGCGCAGGUGCUGACAGGAGAGUCUACUAUUGGCUCACCAGGUCUUACUGUGCCACCGGAGACCCCCGGUGGAGACCCGCUCAGCCUGUAUGACAGCGUAAAAGGGGGUGUAGACACCUGUGUCAUUUUCAAUGGUCACCAGGCCCUACCUGAAUAUCUGAUCAUCUGCAACAAAACUUCAACCCAUAAGUUUGGAUAACGAUGAAGUCCUAUGAAGUAAUUGUUGAAAAAAAAAUUACAUUUACAUUUUAGUCAU